UCUACCCAUAUAAUUUGAUUUCACUCCCUGUAAUUCAUUCAUCCCUUGUAGUAGGAAAAUAUAGAAGUGAUGAUUAUGAAGUUUCAAAUUAGGAACUACCAGGUUGUCCUGUCGUUUCUGUCAUGGAUGCUGCUGGUGGCAACGGCUGCUGCAUCCUAUGACAAUCUCGGUCAGAUAGCAAAGCCAGGAUGCCCAGAUAAAUGUGGAGACAUCGAUGUCCCGUUUCCGUUCGGCAUUGGGGUUGGGUCUAACGGAACCAACUGCUGUCUGGACGAUCGAUAUAACCUAACUUGCAGUGGCAACACCACCGAUUACAAUUCGACAUUGACCUGGCCAAAGUACUCCCUCGAUGUUGUCAGUAUAAAUCUCCCAGGAAACUACUUGGUGGCAAGAAAUCCGGCUCUUGACCUUCAGAAAUGUAAUUCGGAUACCUCGUACAGUGAAGACUUGAGUCAGAGCCCCAUUUAUCUCGAUUCAAAUGCAACCUUCCUUUGGUAUGUGUUGAACCGUACCGAAGAAUCACUUGGCCUUAGCACGUCUCAUUAUGGCUCAGGUUCCCAGUCUACAUACUAUUGUGAAAGAUUUAUUUCUUCCGGCAUUUUCUAUAUGCGUUGUUCCUGUCGAUCCGGUUAUACUGGAAAUCCAUACAUUCCAUUCGGUUGCAGAGUUGUAUGUGAGUUGAAUCCCCAACAUUCCAGUUGCAAUAUUAAACCGAAGGAGAAGAUGAAGAUGAUUUUCCUAAAGAUGUUUAAUCUAUACUAUGGUCGUGUUUUGUCAAUUUUUUUAGGUGUUUGCACAGGAAUUGUGGGCUUACUUCUUCUUUUGGUUGUCACAUUUUGGCUAUAUAAAGUGAUCAAGAAAAGAUAUGAGACCAAACAAAAGGAAAAAUUCUUUCAAAAUAAUGGCGGUUACCGUGUACUCUUGCAACAACAUUUAAUGUCUUCUAACAAUGAAGUCCACAAAGCAAAAUUAUUUGAGUCGAGAGAAUUAGAGAAGGCGACAGAUCAUUUCCACGAGGAUCGCAUCCUUGGAAAAGGCGGGCAAGGCACGGUUUACAAAGGAAUGCUUUCCGAUGGUAGAAUUGUGGCUGUUAAGAAAUCAAAGGAUUUUGAUAAAUCCAACGUUGAACAAUUUAUCAACGAGGUCAUUAUUCUGUCGCAAAUUAAUCAUAGGAACGUGGUGAAGCUCAUCGGAUGUUGUUUAGAGACUGAAUUUCCUUUACUAGUUUACGAGUUCAUCUCAAACGGAACUCUCUUCCAUCACAUUCAUAGCCCAACCGAUGAUUUCCGUCUUUCGUGGGGAGUACGUCUACGCAUUGCUUGUGAGAUUGCCGGGGCUCUUUCUUACUUGCAUUCCUCCGCAGCCAUGCCCAUAUACCAUCGAGAUGUCAAGUCUACUAAUAUACUCUUGGAUGACAAAUACAAAGCCAAAUUGGCAGAUUUUGGGACAUCGAAAUCCAUCACUAUCGAUCAAACUCAUUUAACCACGGUUGUACAAGGUACUUUUGGUUAUCUCGAUCCGGAAUACUUUCAAUCAAGUCAAUUCACAGAUAAGAGCGACGUCUAUAGCUUUGGGGUAGUAAUUGUCGAGCUUUUAACUAGUCAAAAACCAAUCUCUUCUACAAGAUCGGACAUGAAAAGUUUGACUACAUAUUUCAUCCAAUCAAUAGACAAUAACCAAUUAGUUGAGAUUCUUGAUCCUCAAAUAUUAGAGGAAGGUUGCAUAGACAAGAUGGUAGCAGUGGCUCAACUAGCAAGAAGAUGCUUAAACUUGAAUGGACGAAAGCGACCCACCAUGAAAGAAGUGUCAUUGGAAUUAGAAGGAAUCGAAAUGUCUCAAAGAACCGAUAAAACUCAACAAAAUCAGCAGCAGGAGAUUCAGUUUAUAACUCUUGACCUUCAAGAUUCUUAUGAUGAAACUUCAACCUUUACAGGAACUUAUGUUGGUAGCACAUCCACUUAUUCAUCCACCUUUGAAAGGUUGAAAAACUAGACUCCUUUCUUUGUUUUAAGUUUUUAUUGUUUAAUCUAAAUUCAUUAAUUAGUACCAGCUCUUUAAAA